AGAUUAGUUUCUUACUCUACAAAAUAACUGCGUCCUGCUCUUGCAGAACUGAGUUUAGGUGUUAAAAAAAGCGCAAUAGUGUUUUCAGAAAUUGAAAAACGCCCCAUGGUCGUUGUGAAACUUGAUGAACUUGAAAAUUUGAUUUUAGCCAAUGGCGUGUGAGUAGUCUACAAAGGCCGGGCGCCCUCUGGCGUGAUAUUUUCUAAUCUCAAUAACAGUAAUGGCGGACGGACUUCAAUCCAUUUGAGAGAAAGGAUACGAUGCUGUUUACAUACACUUGAUAAAUGAUAUAAUUAAAUUGUGAUCGGGGAGAACCUUUUAAACAAAACAUUGGUGUUCAUACCACAAUUACCCGAGUGACGAAGACUCGGAGAUGAAUUUCGCAGCAUUCUCCACAGCGAAUGCUGCGGGCACACACUUUGUGACCACCACUGGGCAGCUGCCGGUCAAUAAGCUACAGCAGAAUGUUGCCAGCAAUGGAAGCACUUUGCAACAAGUGGUGGGCAUGGUGGGCAGCGACGGCGGCGUGCAGUACGUGCGCGCGGACGGGCUGCAGGCCGCGCCGCAGCUCAUCACGCUGCCCAUCUCGCUGCCCGGAGCCAAGCCAGGCGACCCGCAGUCCACCGUCCAGAUCCAAGUGCUCAGCCCCAACAUCCUGCAGCAGCAGCCCAAGUACCAGAUGCAGAUCCCCAUCCAGGGCUUCCAACAAGUCGCUCUUAGAGGCGGCGCGGUGCUGACGGUGGCGUACUCGCCCGACAACAACGACGCGGGCAUACAGGUGCUCGGCAACUCGCUGCCUGAAGGGCUGCAGAUGCUGGCGGCGUUGCCGCAAGACAUGCAGCUGGUCCAGCAGAUGCAGGACAACAAGGAGCAGAUCCAGCAGACCAUCCAACACCAGGUGUUCAUAACGCCGAACCAGCAGAUAGUGAUCAACGGUCCCGAGGACACUAAGCUGAACAACAACAACACCAUCACCAACAACAACCAAGGCGUCACCAACAUCGUCAUCAAGGAGGAGUGCGACGACAACGCCAACGACGACGAGAGCUCGCAGGGCACGGAGUCGAGUGAGAACAUGCAGUGGCAGAUCAGCAGCACGCAGCAGGACCUCAUCAAGUACCUCAACCAGUUCCAACCGCAGCAGCCAACGCUGCCGGUGUCGCUGCAGCAGUUCCUCCGCAUCAACCCGGCGGACGGCAAGAAGGAGCCCACCGUGGAGAUCGAGGUGCUGCCCAUGGACCAGGACAAGGAGCCCAUGGCCGAGGCCGUCGUCGGAGAAGACGGCUCCCUGACGAUCCAGCCGAAGAAGAAGAAGAAGUACAAGAAGAAGGCGCCGAAGCCGGCGCGGCCCAAGCCGGGGCAGGUGGUGAUCGCCAGCGCGGCGGACGGCUCGCCCAUCUACUGCUGCCCGCGCUGCCACCUCGCCUACCCCGACAAGGAGCAGCUCGAGCUGCACCUCUCCGUGCACGACAUCGAGCGCCGCUUCAUCUGCGGCCUCUGCGGCGCCGGUUUAAAACGUAAGGAGCACUUGGAGCGGCACAAGCUCGGGCACAACCCCGAGCGGCCGUACGUGUGCGGCGUGUGCCGCAAGGGCUUCAAGCGGCGCGAGCACCUCAACCUGCACGCCGUCAUACACUCCGGCGUCAAGACCGAGGUCUGCCCCGAGUGCGGGAAAGGUUUUUACCGCAAGGACCACCUGCGCAAGCACAUGCGCUCGCACGAGAGCAAGCGCCUGCGCGACGACGCGGCCGAGGGCGGGGCGGGGGGCGUGGCCGCGGCCGGCGCCGCCCCCGCGCCCUCCCCCGCGCCCUCCCCCGGCAACAACUCCGUCCUGCCCGAGAUCACGAUACACGUGCCCACGAGCUCGAACAUGCAGCCGGUGCAGAUCAACAUCCCGCAGCACGUCGUGUCGGCGCUGCAGGCGCGGGCCGCCGCCGACACGCGCGCUGCGCACCAGCACGAGCACGAGCACGAGCACGAGCACUCGUGACCGACACCGCCGGGUGACACCGCCCCCGACAUAAUGGCCUAGGCGAGCGUACUAAGGCAGCUCCCCGAACAUAAUGGUUUAGGUGAGCGUACACAAUGGAUUAUAGUAGUGACCGACACCGACAGGCUAAAGCAGAUAUUACACUACACGGUAUUCAGGGCCCGGUAGUUAGGAGGGCGUGGCCCCUUGCAAGGACGUCGAUUUAUUACACUGCACUGAAUACCGGCUCCCUCACUCUCUGUGUUUAGUCUGCAUUCGAACGCGCGCGGAUAGAGACGUAUUAUGGCGCCUGUUUUAUCUAAACCAUUAAAAAAAAAACAAUGAUUGCCGUGGCUUUAUAUGUAUAAUAAAACUUCUUUUUCUUACGUAGACAUGGCGUCUAAUCAAAAUGGCGACCGGGGUCGCACGAAUCACUCACUAUCACUACCUGCACAUGCUCACUCCACGCUAGCCGCGCGACGACUGAGUUCCCUAACUGCCCUAAGUAUUAUUACACUACUCGAUCGUAAGGGCGGUCAGGGAGCAAGUUAGGGACCCUUACUUUCUAACUCUUAUUACACCACCCUUAGUUAGGAUUCGGGUGCCUGAAUACCGUUUAGUGUAAUAUCUGCUUAACACCCACCACACUACUGAGGCAACCCCGAACAUAAUGGACGAGAUGAGCGUACGCAAUGAACUAUAUUAAAGACCACCACAUACAGGUAACACCCACGCCGCCUGUCUGAUGUUAAUGAAGCAACCACCCGAACAUAAUGGAACAGGCGAACGGCUGCUGUCUUCGAAAAUCGGGUAACACAGUGUUUAUACGCACUUGCGCAGAUUGCUAUUAUGAUAUUGAUAACAGAUAAAAUGGCAACAGAUAAAAUGUAUCGCUAGCCUGGGCCGAAAAUUGACCACCGAUCGUGAUCUGCUAACAACCGUAGAGACGAGCGGUGUCAUCGAAAUUUAGAUACACUAUUGUGUAUGGCUAUUUACAUAAACUUAUCAAGACUGUCGGGCAGCUUAACUGAAUAGAUACUCAGACACGCAGUACUCGCUCCACAUAUUGUAAACAAAUACGACCUGUGUUAUUUUUAAGCUCGUGUUUGCCAAAAUUAAAACUUAUAUAGACGCACAUAAAUUGUUCAACACUUUCACCAGAUAUUUGACGGUGGUAGCCGCAAAUGGUAGUUAUUUGACUGCGGCGAAGUUAUGUUUCGUACCUAUUCGUAUAUAUGGAAAUUCGGUCACAGGGUGAGGCGCCCGUCGCAAUGAGAUUGCCUUUAUAUUUAACGAAGUCACUGCCAGGGGGCGUGAUUUUUUAUAACGGUGAACGCAUAUAUGCGUUACUGGCAGUGAAUGUGUUAAAUUAGAACUUAGGAUAAAUUAAUUUUACUUGACAUGUCUGUGAAUCAGUAUGAAAUUUUUACAUGACACCAAUUUUACACUUUUGUAUCUUAUACAUCUCGAUCGAUCAGAUAGUUUAUUUUUAUAGUUCUACUUAAUCUCAUUUGUAUAUUCCAUAAAAACUGUCUGAAUUAUUAAAUAUGUUUACUUUAGUCACUUAGAAUACAAACUGUACAAAAGAAGUAUGAACUUUCUUUACCGUUUAUAAUUUUCGUCUUUGUACGAUGGCGGUGAAAAUGGUUCCUAUUUGAUCGAUCGAAAAAUAUAAAUAUUUAUAAACAUUUGUAUUAUGAUGCUGGUAAAUCAUAAAAUCAUUAGAUAUAUAAGAUCAUCCAAUCAUGUUUUUUAGUAUUCUCGAAUAAAAUAAUUCAUUUUUUUUUGAUACUUCAUUAGUUUUCUGAAUGCGAUGAUGACGAGUUCUCAAUGGAACAUACAACAUAUCGUCAUUGUAAUAUUAUAUUGACAUCACAUUAUUGGUUACAUGAAAACUCCAGGGAAAUAAAGGUGACUAUAGUUGUUUGUGGUACAAAUGCAAAAAGUAACGUUUUUUGAACGGAUGUUGAUAUUGUAAAACACGAACGAAUUUGAGUAAAAGAAGUACACGCUAUAUUCAUAUGUAGGUACUGACUAGGGACUCCUUUAUUUCCUGGACUUUUCACAUGUUUUACAUUACAUACCAAAAUAAUAUCCUGAGAAAAUAUUUUAUGAAAUAAGAACCUAAUUGAAUGCUUAAAGAUAAUGUUUCUCAAUAUGACAGUUCAUGUUGUACUUUAAUGGAGUUGACAUAUUGUAAUUGCAUGACAAGGUGAUAUGACUCUAGCUCAAUAUUGUAACAUGACAAUACUCGCACAAACUGAACAUAAUGAAAUGAUCAACUUCCACGAUUUGAGGCUUAUAUUUCCAAAAACGACGCAGAAUAUGACAAUGUAGUUGUGAUAUUUUUGUAAAUAUACGCGUCUUUCUCUAAACAAAGAUUGUGAAACUGACAACAUAUCAAUAUUCUCAGUUCUAUGCCAUUAGGAGGUUAAGUCGCGUGUUUUAGUUUAAGAGAUUAUUUUUGUAAAAAAACAUAAUUUAAAUUUGAACUAUAAUGCGUGAGUUUUGAAUGGCUGGUGACUUAUACCGAUUUCUUUGGCAUUUCGUAUCUCAAUUCUUGUAUUAAUGUUUUUUUUGACAAGAUAGAUGUUGUAUAUUUUCGGUGCUCAAUCAUAUUGGUUAUUUACGCCAGCACUUAAUUGUUUUCAUGUUUAACACGUUUCCCUUAAUUUAAAUCAAAACUUCGACUGGUAUUUAAGGAUAUACUUACUCUGUUAAAUGCCAAUAUUUUUAUUCUAUGUUCCAUACAUACAUUCAAAUAAUGCAUUCUAGCAUUCAACAUAUUGAAAUGAUUGUCUAAUCUCUUUUUUAUGGAGACCGGGAACAUGUAAAACAAUUAUCAUUUGUAAAUUUAUAUUGGGAAUGUCGCCAGCCGCAUCGGUCAUUGUAAAUAUCAUUCCUACUGUGAUAUUAAACCACGACUGCCAGUCCCGACGUACUGUUAAUAUCGACAGUAAAUUUUUUGGUCCCAAUCACUAUUCAGGUUGGUUAGGGAUUAUAAUAUAAUUUUAGUUUAACAAGGCUUAAAAUGUUUAUCUACAUUUUUUUAUCUUAUUUUGAAAUAUGUAUCUCAAAAGUUCAUUUAUGGUUUGUAAGUGCAUGGCAAAUAUGGUGUGGACACAUCUUUCUCAAAAAACCUUUCGAUUUUUUUUUGUUUAAUGUUAAUAAGUUUCGCUGUUCUCCGUACGAUAUUAACAAAGUCAGCUUUAAUGUAGGUGUAAAUGUUUUUUAGCGUAAGCGUAUAUUGGUAGCUGAGGACGCAACUGAGGGACGGAGUUAUUUGUUAGAGCGAGAACUGCCUAUGCGGUGUGUAAAUACAUUUAAAAUGUAUAUAUGACGCGUAUAUGUUGUCAGAAUAGCAGAGUCAAAUAAAUAAUUUUUUAUUAAAUGUUCAAAAUUUAGAUCCUGUUUCUCAAAGUCGAAUAGAAAUAUCAAGAAAUAUUCGUUUUAAAUAUUUAUAGUAACACACGACAACGAAACCUAACGAAUGACUGUGUUCCUCAGUUGGGCCACGUGUACGUACAAUUGUACAUACAUAUUGUCCAGGUGCUAUGUUUGUAUCUGACUUUCCAUUUAGUAUAAGGACAUGACGUUAUGUGUGUUGCAUACAAGGACGGAUGCAUCACGUAAAAUCGACAGAGAAACUUCUUUAAAUCAAACAUGAGUCCUGGUUAUAUGCGAAUGUGAAUUUAUUCGCAUGAACUAGUUUUUUUCUCAAAAAAUGUAUUUUGUCCAUAGAUAUUGGCUAGUUUAUUUUUUUACUGUAGUUGAAAUUAGUUGCAAGUAUUAUAAAUAUAAGAGUAGAAUAAGUGCUUCCGUUGGGAGUUUAAUGUAAACUUUUGUAUGAAAAUAUUUAUUGAUAAGACAACAUCAAAAUGAUUACAAUAAAAUCACAGAUUUUUA